UAGUACCCGGCAGUUAAUUUCUCAAAAUAGAAAAAUUUCAUCUCCUCAAAAUAAUAAAAUUCCAUUUUAAUAUAACGACCACCAUAACUUUACCUUCCCGCUUUCUUCGGAGAAUAACAACAUUUGCCCUCUCCCCAGUAUUCCAUUCUGGGCAUUCUCUCUCUCUCUCUUUCCUAGCCAAAAAAAAGAGAGAAAAAGAAAAUAUAAUGCUCCCCGGCUUCUCUCUCCCGCCAGAUAUCUGACCACGAUAUCUUCUGUUGGCGAGCGGAUCAUAUCAUACCUCACCACCACCCGCACCGCCACACGCCACGGCCAUGUCACCGCCAACCGCCGACUCCGGCGAAAUCCUCGUUUGGCCGCUCGGAGGAGGAGUCGAAGGCUUGGACCACGACGACUUCCGGGAGGCGGCGUACGAGAUAUUCUUCACGGCCUGCCGCGGGUCCUCCCCGGGGUUCGGCCGUGGAAUCUCGGGCGGCCAACCGGAGGGUUUGGACGGGAACCACGGGUCGCCCGCGAAGGCGACCAGGCCGGGGGUGGGGAUGGCGGUGACGAGCCGGGUGAAGCGGGUGUUGGGGUUGAAAAUGAUGAAGCGGUCGCCUUCGCGGAGGGCGAGUUCGGGCGGUGGGCCGACAGGUGCUGCCCCGUCGUCCCCGAGCGGGCCAUCGACGCCGGCGCGGGGGAGGAGGCCGAUGACAUCGGCGGAGAUCAUGCGGCGGCAGAUGAGGGUGACGGAACAAAGCGACAACAGGCUCCGCAAAACUCUCCUCCGGACGCUUGUCGGCCAAAUGAACAGAAGAGCAGAGACGAUCAUCCUUCCAUUAGAGUUACUCCGGAACCUCAAACCAUCCGAAUUCAACGACGCCAACGAAUACCAUGCAUGGCAGAAGCGGCAGCUGAAGAUCCUGGAGGCCGGGCUCCUCCGCCACCCCUCCACCCCUCUGGAGAAGUCCAACCCCCACGCCGCCCGCUUCAGGGGGAUCAUCCGGGCUGCCCAGGCCAAGCCCAUCGACACAGGCAAGAACUCCGAGGCGAUGAAGACCCUCGUCAACUCCGUCGUGUCCUUGGCCUGGCGCAGCCCGGACGGGUCCCCCGUGGACGUCUGCCACUGGGCAGACGGCCACCCGCUCAACGUCCACAUCUACGCCGCGCUCCUCGGGUGCGUUUUCGACUUGAGGGACGAGACCCGCGUGCUGGAUGAGGUCGACGAGCUGCUCGAGCUGAUGAGGAAGACGUGGCUCACGCUGGGGAUCGACAAGCCGACCCACAACCUCUGUUUCACGUGGGUCCUCUUCGAGCAGUACUUCUCGACGGGUCAAGUCGAGAAGGAUCUGCUCGGAGCUUCCCUGGCCAUGCUCGCCGAGGUCGCAAAUGAUGCGAAGAGAGCUGAGAGGGAAGCUCUCUAUGUCAAGAUGCUAGCAAAUGUCCUUUCGUCCAUGAAGGAGUGGUCCGAUAAGAAGUUGUCCUCUUACCAUGAAAGUUUCGAUGUGGGAAACGUUGGCUUACUCGAGAUCGUUGUGCCUUUGUUUUUCUCUAGCGCCAAAAUCUUGGAAGAAGACGUGCCCGGUUAUGCCACUACUCGUGUUGGAAAAGAGGCAUUCACAUUACAAAACUCUACUAGAAGUCGGGUGGAGCAAUACAUAAGGUCAUCGAUUAAACGUGCAUUCACAAAGAUGUUGGAACGACGGGGCGCGAAUGCCGAAACAUCAGAAUUGAGUGAAACGCUCAUGAAUUUAGCCGAUGUGGCGGAGGAAUUGGCGGAGAAGGAAAGGAAAUUCUAUAGUCCGGUGCUGAGGAAAUGGCACCCGGUGGCGGCAGGAGUGGCGGCGGUGGCGUUGCACGACUGCUACGGGACCAUGCUGAAGCGGUACUUGUCGGGUGUGACGUCUCUCACGCACGACACGGUUCUGUUGUUGCAGAAAGCCGGGAAGCUAGAGAAGGCCUUGUUUGGGAUGGUGGCUGAGGCUUGUGAGGAAUGUGAGGAUGGAGGGAAAGCUAUGGUUAGAGAGAUGGCCUCUUAUGAAGUUGACUCAAUGGUCAUGACCAUGUUAAGGCAAUGGAUCCAAGAAAAAUUGAAGAAGUGUAGGGACAUUGUCCACAGAGCAAAAGACACUGAGACAUGGAAUCCAAAAUCCAAGACAGAACCAUAUGCCCAGUCUGCGGUGGAGCUGAUGAGGCAGGCAAAAGACGUAGUUGACAGUUUCUUCGAAAUUCCCGUUAGCAUCUCCGAGAAUUUUGUCAGAACUCUUGCAGAUGGUUUCGAGCAAAUCGUUCGCGAAUACGUUGUUUUCGUCGUGUCAUGUGGAUCAAAGAAGAACUAUGUCCCUGCAUUGCCACCCCUAACAAGGUGUAGCAAAGACUCAAAGUUUUCCAGGCUAUGGAAGAGAGCCGGCGGCUGUAGGGCGGGACUAGACGGUGACAACCCGAUCUCCACCAACGAAGGAAACCACCCGCGGCCUUCGACGAGCAGAGGGACACAACGCCUAUACAUCAGGCUCAACACUUUGCAUUACAUACUUUCCCAUCUCAAUUCCUUGGAAAAAUCUCUCUCCUUAAACCCAAGAGUUGUCCCUUCCCCAAGAAGGACAAGCGGCUCCUCCUCUUACUUCGACCACGCCCGGUUGACGGUCAACUCUGCCUGCCAGCACGUUUCGGAAGUCGCAGCCUACCGCCUGAUCUUCUUCGACUCACACAACGUGCUUUACGGCGGGUUGUACCAACGCGGGGUGGAGGGCGCGCGCAUCCGCCCCGCGCUGAGGACACUGAAGCAGAACCUGACGCUCCUGUGCGCGAUUGUCUCAGAAAGGGCCCAACCCGUGGCGAUCAAGGAGGUGAUGAAGGCGAGCUUCGAGGCCUACCUCAUGGUCUUGCUCGCCGGGGGGAGCUCGAGGGCGUUCGCCCGGGCGGACCACGAGAUGGUUGAGGACGACUUCGAGCACCUGAAGCGGUUGUUCUACACAUGCGGCGAAGGGUUGAUGGCGGAGGAGAGCGUGGACAAGGAGGCGCAGGCGGUGGACGGGGUGGUGGCGCUCAUGGGCCAAUCCACUCAACAGUUGGUCGAGAAUUUCAGCCUUCUCGCCUGCGAAGCAAGCGGGAUCGGCCUGAUGGGCCCCGGUCAGAGGCUGCCAAUGCCUCCGACCACAGGAAGAUGGCAUAGGUCGGACCCGAACACGAUACUCAGAGUACUGUGUUACAGGAAUGACAAAAAUGCCAAUCUUUUUCUCAAGAAGACUUUCCAACUGGCCAAGAGGAGGGGUUAAUUGAAAAUGCACCAUUUGAGCAGUCACUUUGUAUAGCUUGCAGCAUUACAGAAACAACAAAGAGAACAUUUCUUU